CUGUAAUACAGCAUCUUUAUUACUCAACUGGUACAAUGUCAACCUCUGCCUGCCUCUGCCUGAUAACGGCACUUUUCAUCCUGUGUCUGGUUAACCCUUUCGUGCAAGGGAUGCAUGGAGAAGAAACUCAGAACCGUCAUCUGUUAAAGCAAAAUCUCACUGGACUUCCAAUAGUCUCGUUCCAGUGGCACCACGUGGAGGAGCCAUACCUGGUGAUAUUGUGGAUAUUUGUGGCUGGCCUGGCAAAACUAAUAGUGAUCUUAAUAACCAACCACGUCACCAGUGUGAUUCCAGAAAGUGGGAUGCUCAUCAUGGUUGGAUUUCUUUUGGGAGGGGUCAUCUGGGCAGCGGACCACACGCAGACUUUCAGACUGACGCCCACCACCUUCUUUAACUACCUGCUGCCCCAGAUCAUCUUGGACGCGAGUUACUUUAUGCCCAACAAGCUCUUUUUCAGAAACCUGGGUACCAUUCUCGUUUACGCCAUUAUUGGAACGUGCUGGAAUGCGGCGGCGCUCGGUCUUUCGCUGUGGGGCUGCUACCUGGCGGGUAUACUGGGCAACUUGGACAUUGGUCUUCUUCAGUUCCUCCUGUUCGGUAGUCUAAUCGCCGCAGUGGAUCCCGUAGCAGUGAUUGCAGUUUUCGAGGAAGUACACGUGAACGAAGUGCUAUUUAUCCUGGUGUUUGGAGAGUCACUGCUCAAUGACGGAGUGACCGUGGUGCUGUACAAUGUAUUCGAUGGCUUUGUUACUCUAGGAGGUCCACUGAUUAACGCCGCAGAGAUCAUCAAGGGCAUAUUUUCGUUUUUUGUGGUGGCUUUCGGAGGUUCAUUUCUUGGAGUUGUGUUCGCUAUUCUGCUGUGCCUGCUGACCAGGUUCACCAAAAACGUUCAGAUCAUCGAAGCCGGCUUCAUCUUUGUGGUGGGCUACCUGGCUUACUUGACAGCAGACAUGCUCUCCCUUUCGGCAAUACUUUCGAUCACCUUCUGUGGGGUGUGCUGUCAGAAAUACGUGAAUGCCAACAUGGACGAAAAAUCGGUCACGACAGUUCGUCACGCAAUAAAAGUCCUGGCGAACACCUCCGAGACCAUAAUCUUUGUCUUCCUGGGUAUUACAGCAAUUGAUAUAUCCAUUUGGGUUUGGAACACAGGUUUUAUCCUACUCACCCUCCUCUUUAUCUUCAUUUACAGGAUUAUAGGUGUUUUCAUUCUUACCUGGAUCUUGAAUAAGUUCAGGCUGGUUCCCAUCGAGAUCAUCGACCAGGUUGUGAUGAGCUACGGUGGCCUGAGGGGGGCCGUGGCGUACGGACUGGCGGCCAUGCUGGAUGAGGAAAAGAUUAAAGAGAAGAAUUUAAUUGUCUGUACCACACUCAUUGUGGUUUAUUUCACUGUUAUCCUUCAGGGAUUAACAAUGAAGCCGUUGGUUCAGUGGCUUAAGGUCAAAAGAGCGUCUCAUUCUGAGUUGAAACUUAUAGAAAAGCUAAACAAUAGGGCUUUUGACCACAUACUGGCAGCAGUGGAAGACAUCUGUGGACGUAUUGGAGAUAACUGGUGGACAAGAGGUUGGAACAGGUUCGAGGAAAAUUAUAUAAGCUGGUUUUUGAUGAAACCUAAGGUCAGACAGAACAGAGAUUACCUGUUUAAUGUCUUUCACAAGCUUAACCUGGAAGACGCUGUGAACUAUGUCACAGAGGCCGAACGGGAAGGAUCUCUGUCCUUCGUUCGUAGUGAACAGUCACCCAACAUAGAUUUCAGCAAGCCCUUUGGUUCAGAGUUUGCUAAUGGGAUGAUGCCUGACAUAAUGGUCGACAUGACGAACUACCAGUUUGGAAUAGAAAAUAUUUCCGUAACCUCUAUUGUAAAAGACAGCAUUCCCUCUGUAUCCCUGGACAUCCACGGGCAAGAUAGGAAAAAUCUGGUCGAAGACUUCAAUGCCCAUCAUCUUCUACAGCAGCACCUGUACAGAAGCCGAAAAAAUCAUCGUCACAAAUAUAGUCGCAGUCAGUUUGGCAUCAACCAGAGCGAGGAUGAAAUGCAUGAGAUCUUCCAGAGGACCAUGAGGAGUCGCCUUGAGUCCUUUAAAUCUGCUAAGAUGGGUGUAAACCAGGCCAAAAAAAUCAAGCACCACAAGAAGGAGCACACACAUAAGAUGCCUAAUGGACACCCAGAGGGCAAAGACCAUCAUGAAGAUGAUGGUGACAGCGCUGUGAGUAGUGAGGCACAUAUAGAUGACACAGACAACACAUAUAUAGUGGGAGCUGGCAUAGAGAAUCCAGCGUUCAUGCCAGAUAUGGAUAUGGCACAGCAAAGUCCGCCCUGGCAAACAGGAACAGAGAUGGACCUGACCGUGGCACCGUCACAAAGGGCCCAGCGACGCCUUCCCUGGACGCCCAACAGACUGCGACGCCUCGCACCAAUGAGGAUCAGCAACUCUUCCAUAGACUCCUUUCUUAUGGCUGAUGUUUUUUUAACUGUGGAUGUGCCUGAGGAACAGCCUCAAAACGAUAAAAGUGCAAAAAUGUAACCUCACCUUCACUUAUUUGAGCUAUUUUUAUUGGUGAAAAGCACAACUGGACCAGUAUGGAAGUUUUUAGUCCGGUCUUUUCUGGAGAAUAUGCGCUCAUUGUUAAGGACUGAGGGCAACCGGGAACAUGGCCACAAAGUAGAAGUUUGUACUGUAGUACAAUGCCCUUAUUCUGUUCUGUAACUAUUGUAUAUACUGUAGACUAUGGCUGGU